AUGGGCCCGUCGCCUGUACCCAACCACAAGCGCCAAAAAUUUCCCUUGGGGCCCGACAUGGGCCCCAAGGGCGCCCCACUGGGGAGGCUCAGCAUCUCGCCGACGCCUGGCCCAUCUCCCGAGCGUGGGGGCGCUGGGCGUGCUCGGGGGGUGCGCUCGUCCGCCAGCGCCUGCAGCGCGCCGCGGCAUCUUCAUGCUCUCCGCCCGAACUGCAGCAUCACGCCCACCCCACCAGUCGCACGCUCCUCAGCGGGGGGGCCCUUGGGGCACGCACGCGCAGUAACACCCGCCCCCUUUGCUGCUCUCGGGGGGGCCACUGCCCAGCGCAGUCCUCCCGAAUCGAUGAUGUGCACCGACGGGGCUCCUGCUGCGCCGCGCAGCUGCACCAUCACGUUGGGGGGCUUCAGGUCGCAGGCAAAGUGCCGGGGCGUCACGGGCCCCCCGGCCCCCGCCCGCUUCACGCUCAAACCCACGGAGCUGCUUCUGGCUGCGCUGCACCUCAGGACAUCGGCCAGGGACCCUUGCCCCGGUCGUCAUCAGGAGGCCGACGGGGUCCCGCUGUACCCAAGGCCCCUGGGGGCUCCGCCCCCCGCCCCGCGCCGCCUCACAUCUCCAUCUCGUGCGCGAACACCGCCUGGGGGGGGGGCGGCCCUUGGGGCGCACUCCUUCCCUUGUAGCUCACGCCCCCGCGCCCCGUAG